AUGAAAAUGAACGAUGAUUUUACUAAAUUUGCAUAUUUGUUAAAAUUUUGCAUUAAAUUAUACCUUUUGCAGCCACGUACGUCACCUGUUCUGUUACUUGAUUCAACGAUCGCUCCGAAUAUCGAAACGCAGGCAAAGUCGGGUGUUGUCUCAGCAUUAGCGCAACAAUUUGAAAUGAAUGCCAAUAAGCAAUCGAUGGAUCAAUCCAUUUCUCAUCCAAUUAGUGGCAAUAAAUGGAGUCCAAAGGGUGGUCCAAAGCCGAAAGAAUUACCACAAUUGUUGCCGACAGUUGAAUUUAAAACAACACCAGCUGGUGGGAAAUACAAAAAGAUUGAUUAUGAAGUUAUUGAUGAUAAUAAAUUACCAAAAAGUGAGCAACAAGAUAGUUCAUCCUUGCAGUACAGCUUUGAAAAAAAAGAAGAAGAAAAUUUCAUAGAUAGGUCGUCAUCCGAACCAAAAUUCAUUUCACCUGAGCAACAAAAGGAACAGAUUACCCUUUACGAGUAUGAUUCACAAAAAAUCAGCCGUCGAACAGAUGAAAUACCAAGUGCGCCUCUGUUGUACGAACAAAAACCUGAAGCGCCUUCGUUGUACGGACAAAAGCCUGAAUCGCCUUCGUUGUAUGAACAAAAAUCUGAAAAACUUCAGCAAGACCUGAUGCCACAUCGACGUGACUGGACCGAAGAGAGGAAAACAGAAGAGCGGUCAUCCACUCCUAAAGGUGCUUGGCAAUAUGAUAUGAAGCAUUUUCCACCUUUCACUACAACACCUUCAGCACAAACAACAACUUUCGGGUUAUGGACUAGUACGGAAUCGCGAGAUCAUGAUGUUACAAGUCAUGAUGAGAAACCAAAAUCAAAAACAGAUACCGUUGGUUCCACUCCAUCUUCUACAAUUCUGGUAAAACAAGAUCAGGAAGGACGAAUGUUAGCUACUGAAACAUGGGAUACGAAACGUCAAGGUGCAUCGUAUUCUACUGCUUCGACAUUGGAAAAAACACGUGAACUUGAUGAAGAAGUUUCUCAAAAAGAUGUCCGCCAACAUUCACCAAUAUGGGCAAUAAUAAAAUCGACUCGCCAUGAUGACAGUAAAGAGGGAGAAGUUUGUUUCUAA